CACUCUGAUAAGUAAUAUGCAAAUGGCCCAUAAAGUCAGGUCUAGGAGGAGUCGGUGGAGAACCUUGCACCCCUGUCUGUGCAGUCGUGAAGGAAGGCAGAGGAGAGGUGCUCAUGGCCGGGGAUCCAGAUAGAAUUAGACACAAUAUUGGUCGUUUUAGCUUUGAUCAUUGUACACAUGGCAGCCAGGGCUUCUCCCGUAUUCUCAUCCAGAUGUUUGGCUUCGCCGGUCAUGGUAAAUCUGCAUUCAUUAACAGUUGCAUGUAUGUUUGGGAAGAUGGGAGCUACAAGAACUCUACCAGUUCUGCUGAUAACUAUGGAGGCCAAACACUGGAGAGGAGAUCAUACCCCUUGACGGAGACCAUUACUCUGGUGGACAACCGUGGCUUUGGCAUAAUCGGAGGCUAUGAGAGCGGAGAGAUCUUUGCUCAGCUCGGUAAUUUGUUGCCCCUGGAUGAACCAGUCAAAUGGACCAAGAAGUAUGAACUCAUCAACAAGAUUAAUGAAGCCAAGGAUAGCGUCAGGGUCUCAGACUUUGUGGUCCCGGUGCUUGUGUACAGUAUAACAAAAUCAGUAACGCCAGAAGAAGAAGGAGAACUGAAGGCGGUCCUACAGAUCUCCCAAACCCUAACAGGGAUAUUCCCCUUCGUAGUUCUGACCAACAAAACACACGGUGAAUUGACAAAGAGAGAAGCUACCUUCAGGAGUAUGGGAGUCAACAAAAUUUUUUCUAUUGAGAACUAUACUCCAGAAGAUCACUCUAAGUUAAGAGGCAAACAUGAAGUGGUCCUAAAGUUUUUACAUGAAGUCGUAAAAGAAGUUCAGAUUCAAGCGGAGAAACCUCGAAACCCAGAGAGAGAGAUGAGAAGGAGAAGGAGAUAUGUGAAAAUGUAUGUGAAGGAGAGGGAGAAGAUCUACAGGGAGGAAGCCUCCAUUAAGAGGAAACUCCAGGAGCAGUACAAAAAACCAAACAUGAAGAAUGACCCUCAAAUGGAUCUAGAUCACGAGAGACAAAGGGAAAAACUACUUGAAGAAGAUAUCAGAAGAAUGCAAGAGAUGAUGUCCUGUGUGGAUGUGGAGGAGGAGCCAAUAUAUCUGCGUCCAAUCGAUGUAAUGGGGGGAAUUCUGCCAUGAAUGGUGGAUGGUGAUCCUUUAUGUGGACAAUCCUCUAUGGACGCCAAUGGUGAAUUCCUCCACAAUUUUGGCCCAGACACGGACUGCACUUUCUAUAGGAUUUGUUCAGAUAAGCUCCUUCCAUCUUGGCAGCAUUUUCCAUUUCUUCAGUUUCUAGUCAGUUUUAUUUUGUGAUGUUCUCCUCGCUCUUAGAAGCCGCCAGAAGACAAUCGAUUAGUCAUAUAUAAUAUCUAGUGUUCAGCGAAUCGAAGGGAAACAAAUCUACUUCGAUCUGAAUUUCAGGAAAAAUUUGAUUCUCCACAAAGGCGAAUUUCCUCGUCCUUUGAGGUAACAAAUCCGUUUAUCCUAAAAUGGCAGUAAAAAUAUAUAUACUCACCUCAUCCAUUUGCUCGUGGAAAGGCCGUGGUGACAGUCAUCAGUAAUGAUGUCACUGUGUCUGACCAGUGUGAUUGCAUGGUUUCUUCAAUCAAAAUGGCUGCAACGGCCCCUGAUUAACCCCUGAAAGGCCUCAAUGUCAGAUGCAGCAAUCAGUGAUGAACGUGGCGUCCAAGGGGUUCAAUGACGGUAGGCGGCACAAUUGCCAAUCCCAAGCAUUGCGCCCGCUACAUAGAAUGGAAUGCGAUUCGUGACAAACUACUGUAAUUCGUAUUGAAUCUAAUUUCUUUGUGAAAUUUGGUGAAGCAGCCGAAUCUAAUUUUUGAUAACUUGGCUGAUCACCAAUAAUAUUUGUUGUGGGGGUGAGGGCCAUUCAAUAAAUGUGUUA